AUGGCGCCUCUUGAAGUUAUUGGAGCCGGCAUGUCUCGAAACGGCACUGAUAGUCUGAGACAAGCUCUCGAUAUUUUAGGGUACAACACACACCACGUCCAUGGGAUGGUUGGGAUCGACUGGCAUCCUGAAGCCUUCACAGAAGCAUACGAGCAUCCUGACAAGCCUGCGGAUUGGGACUCCAUUUAUAAAGGAUAUAGUGCCGCAGUAGACAGUCCUACAGUGUUUUUUCUUGAUAGAUUGAUCGAAUAUUAUCCUAAUGCCAAGGUCAUCCUCACAAAGCGGGAUCCCGACACGUGGUACAACUCUCUGGCCAAUACCUUAGAUAAUUAUGUUGAGCAGUUCAAAGAAGAAAACCUCACCGAUUACAUGCGACGUUUCUAUCGUAUGGCUACAACUAUUUGGCCUGAUGGUCCGCUCCAAAAUCCAGAACAAUUCAAGAAGAGCCCAGAAAAGAUGAAAGCACGUUAUGAGGCGCACAAUGCUUGGGUAAUCGAAAACAUAUCAGCUGAUCGACUACUGGUGCUUGACCUACGAGAAGGCAUUACUUGGGAAAGAAUUUGCCCGUUCCUUGGCAGACCUAUACCUGCAGAGCCCUACCCACGCUCGAACGCUACGGUAGAUUUUAAUAAAAUUGAUAUGACAGAUAGAUCGCCUAAAGACUUAGAGACUUUGAGAAUCAAGGAAAAACAUGAAUAUCAUUGA